AGCAGCCGCACGAUACUUCCGCCCUUACCCGUACUCAUCGUCUGACGUCAUUAUCCCGCGUCGCUGUGUAGACGUCAUCUGUCAGUCCCGGGGAGUUUGAACACAAUCCGUGGAGUGUCUUCGGUUCCCACCACCAUGGUGCGCUCGGUGCCCCGGGGCACCGUCAGAUCCGCCAUCAAGAAGCGCCUUCCCGAGCUGCGGCUGGAUGGCAAUGUGGACCUGCUGAUCUAUCUGAACUGUGUGCUGUUCCUGCAGAGACUGGCCACAGAGGCCCGCCUAAAAGCCGUGGAGGACCGGAGCUCAGUCAUCAAACCUGCGCACAUCCGAGCCGUAGCCAAGAUUGUCCUAAAGAAGUCAAAAGGAUAACGAUUGUAAUGAAGAUCCUGUGACAAAAUGUUAUUCGGAUGCCAAUAUAAGACAGAAUUACAGCUUAUCUUUGUGCCUUGUAUAUAUUAGUUGUUGUUGUUGUUGUUUUUUUUUUUAACCAUGUGAUUUUUGUUCAAGCACUUUAAAGUAAAUGUGUUUUACAUUACCAUAACUUUUCAGCACAUUUAUCAUCCAUUUAUUAAUGACAAACAAGAAAUGAAGAGGAAACUAUUUUUGCUGUCUUUAUAAAAUAUAAAAAACUAUGA